UUUUUUCGGGAUUCAGCACGGCGUCGAGCAGGUCCUGAAGUUGUCGGAGUCCCGAGCUGUUGUCAGUCCGGGUUAAGUCUGCCUUCAGGGUGAUGGUGGGCCAGUGGCCAACUUCAUCUUCAUUGGCCAGAGAAGCUGGGGUACUCUCUAAACAGUAUCGCGAAAUGAAGCUGAAGGAGUUGGAAAGCUGCCUGCAGCAGGUAGACACAUUUGAGGAGCCAAAAAUCCUCUUGGAGCAGUAUCCAACCAGCCCUCACAUUGCAGCAUGCAUGCUUUACACCAUUCACAACACGUUUGACGACAUUGAGGGUAAACUUGUGGCAGAUUUCGGCUGUGGUUGCGGAGUCCUCAGCAUCGGGGCUGCCAUGCUGGACGCAGGGUUGUGCGUCGGUUUUGAAAUCGAUGAGGACGCACUAGAGAUAUUCAGAAAGAAUGCAGAAGAAUUUGAACUCUCUAAUGUGGAUCUGCUCCAGUGUGAUUUAUGCCACCUGGAAGCAGAGGCUUAUGGCCAAAAGUUUGACACCGUUAUAAUGAAUCCACCGUUUGGUACAAAACACAACCAAGGGAUGGACAUGAAGUUCCUCCGCGCUGCUUUAACCAUGUCAAAGAUGGCGGUUUAUUCGCUUCAUAAAACAUCAACACGAGAGCACAUACAAAAGAAGGCUAAUGACUGGGGAGUGAAAAUGGAAGUCAUUGCAGAACUGAGGUAUGAUUUGCCGGCUUCCUACCGCUUCCACAAGAAGAAGUCGGUUGACAUCCAGGUGGACUUUCUACGGUUCUCCAAAACCUGAAUAUUUUUUACUGGAAUGGGUUCUAAGUUGCCUCUGCAAAACAGGACACAUUGAAUCAUCUGUAAAUGUUUGAGAAUGAGGAUGCUGCUGCUGAGAAUAUGUAAUGCCAUGCAAAGCAUUUCUAUUUUGUAUUUUUGUGUAUUAUAUUGGGAUUUUAUGUGAUAGAUCAACACAAUGCAGCACAAUUUUUAAUUGGAAAGAAAAAUGUACAUACUCUUAGUACUAUACAGAAACUUAACUCAAAAGAAAAUCCAUUGCUUUUAGUAGUCUCACAUUUAGUAAACUGAGUCCAGUUGCGCUCUGGAAGUCCCAGAGAUUUUCAUCUGAACAAACAGCAGCAUGAAUAUAGAUAAAGAGGUAAAGAGCAGUGGGAGCACUCAUAGCUAGGAACCUUUAUUCCUGGUUUGAUAUUUGGUGUAGGUUCUCUGUAGUCUAAAUAAAGCAGUUUGUUUGUUCAGAGAACUAUUAUGGACCAUCAAUUGAACCUUUCAACCGGGGAUUUUUUUUUUCUUGAUUCUUCUACAAGAAAGAUAAUCGUGUGUAAAAUACAUAACACGCUAAACAAAUUUGUUUUUAAAGUAUGCAUUUUCUUUCCACUUCACAACUUUGUUUUAAAGUGUUGCAGAGAAUAUAAUUUGGGCUCCUGUAUGUUAUAUCAAUAUUUACACUUACCUUCCUCACCCUCAUCGUCAUCCUCAUUAUCACUAUUGAAUUUUGUUUUCUUUCCCUGGAACUGAGUCCUGCCUUGAUCUCUGCCACCUCUUCCCCUUCGGCCUCCUCUUCCUCUGCCGCCGGAUCUUCCUCUCCCACCUGUUUUAACCAGACCCAACCUAUCAGCACUUAAGAGUAUCUUUGCUACUAUUGCGCAAGAAUGUGAUGCCUGGAGACAAAAACGGACCUCUGCCUUUUGAUCGAUUGUACGAUUCCUGUUGGGCUUCGAUGAUCUUCUUCAGCAUCUCUUUCUCUUCGUCUCCCUCCAGCACCUGCCAUGUAACGCUGCUGCCCUUCAUUUUCAGCUCCCCUUCGUUUGACUCUUUGGCUUUCUCAAAGGCUUCUUUUGCGUUCCCAUCAAACAGAAGUGUACCCUUUUGUGAGCAAUAACAAAAUUUAAAAAGUCUUCCACUGCUCUCCUGUACACAUUUUUUUUUUUUUAUUCUCUUUUCAGGCUUAACUUCAGAGUCUUGUACAGCAAAAAUGUCAACAGCAUUUAGGAAAUUUAGGAAACACAGGAGAAAAGGAGGCCAGAUAAGGACACAGACAUAAAAAAGAAACAGGGAAGGUAGAUAAAGGAACGAUGGGCCGAGGUCAGAAAAUAAGGAUUACAGACAAGGAGGGCAAAGUGAAGAACUGAUAGACAUAAGGAAGGAAAGAAGGGACAGACAAAAAGAAGAAAUUAAAGGACAAAGAAAGAAAAAAGUCUCAAAGGACAUGUUUUCCAUGUUCUUCAUUGCUUUUUCCAUAAUGUUCCAGACCUGAAUAAUGGGGAAAUAAAACUCCGUACUAUUGCAGACUGCAUAGGAAUCCUUGCAGACAACAUACCUCGUUGGCUCCUCUUGUGAAGUCAACCCACUUGAUCUUUCCGUGCCCAGAGAACGUGGCAUGGAAGUCCUCUCUUGAAACAUUUUUGAGCUCUCCAGAAAACUUUAAUAAACAUCCAGUCUGUUCAUCCAGAAGCAAACCCUGCAAAUCAUAAUUGCAUAUCUCAAUAAAAACAAUCCAAAAGCAGAAAUGAAGCUUCAUGAGUGCAUGGUUUCGAAACCUUACCAUUUCUUUUUCCUCAGCAUUUUUCUGCUGCUGCUGUUUCUCUCUGUAAAAUGUUUAGAUAAGGUGGAUCAGAUAUUUUCAACAAAGUUUCUAAUAAAAAAGACCAAGUCCUGUCAACUCA